UUCACCUUUUUCUACUACUCUUGUUUAAUUUUCUCUUUCUUGGAAAUUUUAGAAGAAAGGGAAAAUGAGGAAGUAUGGACCAGCUCUUGCGCUAAUCUUGUUUCAGAGCGGUUUUGCUGUGAUGGUUAUCCUCAUCAAAGUAGCAUUUCGGCGAGGGAUGAGCCCUACCAUCUUUGUUACCUAUAGGCAGUUAAUUGCCACCCUCUCUAUUGCGCCUUUUGCUUACUUCCUAGAAAGGUACUCUCUCUCUCUCAAUAUUAUCCUUGGAAUUAUGCAGGAAAACCAGACCUCCCCUGUGCCUGAAAACAGUGGCUCACAUCUUCGUAAUUGGACUAAUGGGGUGAGCACCUUCAAAACUCUAAUUGUGUUCCUCACAUUCAUUUCUGACAAUCACAAGCAUUCAUAUAUCAUUAUACUUCCAUUGCAGGGUUCCUCUUCUCCAAAUAUCAUACUUUUAUGGGCUUUCUUACACUUCAUCAACUUUUGCAGUCGCAAUAUUGAAUCUCCUACCGGCUAUUACUUUUGUAUUGGCCAUUAUCAUAAGAAUGGAGAAAGUAAAUGCAAGGAAUACAAGGGGACAAGCAAAGAUUGUGGGUACCAUAACUUGUGUUGAAGGCGCCACGAUCAUGACAUUGA